CUCCUUCACCGGAGGGGUCCCCCGGCACUGCCAUGGCGAGGAGCCGGUGAGCGCGGUGCCCAGCAUGGAGGACGCCGGCGGGGAGGACCUCAGUGCCGAGCAGAUGGAGCCGGGGAUGCAGGAGCGGGACGGCAGCGAGACCCCCCCAGCACCCUCUGGAGAAGAUGGUGUGGAGCUGGAUGGCGAGACCUUCCUCACCUCCUCCUCUUCCUCCUCAGAGCUGGAGGAGGCCUCAGCCCUGGAGCCCGAUGUCCCAUGGGAGCCAGACCCUGUCCCGGGGGAGUGUCCCCCGCCAGAGCCCCCCCAGCUCCCGGAGGAGCCGGCAGUGAUGCUGGGUGCUGAGGAGGAGCCAGUGGUGAAGGAUGAUUCCGGCAUGGCAGUGCUGGGAGAAGGGCCCGGCACGGAGCCAGCGGCGAGUGGCAGCGUCCUCCAGCCCCCCGGCCUCUGCUCUGGGGAGCCCAGGGAGCCCCAAACCGACAGGCUGGGGGGGGAUGAUGUGGCACCGGCCAACGGGGAGCCCCAGGGCGGCCCUGGGAGUGACGGUGAUGAUGAUGGUGACAGUGACCAUGAGCUUGGCACCGUGAGAGUGGGGAGCACCGAGCCAGCAGCCACUGAUGGCCACGAUGAGCCGGACACCACGGCUGCUGACCUGGUGCCGUCGGUGACGCCCAGCCCACCAAAUGAGCCGGACACCACGGCUGCUGACCUGGUGCCGUCGGUGACGCCCAGCCCACCAAAUGAGCCGGACACCACGGCUGCUGACCUGGUGCCGUCGGUGACGCCCAGCCCACCAAAUGAGCUGGACACCAUGGCUGCUGACCUGGUGCCAUCGGUGAUGCCCAGCCCACCAAAUGAGCCGGACACCACGGCUGCUGACCUGGUGAUGCCCAGCCUGCCAGACGAGCAAGACACCAUGGCUGCCGACCUGGUGCCAUCAGUGACGCCCAGUCUGCCGGACGAGCCAGACACCGUGGCUGCCGACCUGGUGCCAUCGGUGACACCCAGUCUGCCGGAUGAGCCGGACACAGUGGCUGCUGACCUGGUGCCAUCGGUGACGCCCAGUCUGCCGGAUGAGCCGGACACCGCAGCCACUGACCUGGUGCUAUCGGUGACGCCCAGUGUCCCGGAUGAGCCAGACACCGUGGCUGCUGACCUGGUGCCAUUGGUGAUGCCCAGCCUGCCAGAUGAGCCAGACACCAUGGCUGCCAACCUGGUGCUAUCGGUGAUGCCUAGUCUGCCGGAUGAGCCAGACACCACGGCUGCUGACCUGGUGCUGUCGGUGACGCCCAGCCCACCAAACGAGCCGGACACCGCGGCUGCUGACCUGGUGCUAUCAGUGAUGCCCAGCCCACCAAACGAGCCGGACACUGUGGCUGCUGACUCAGUGCCAUCAGUGAUGCCCAGUCUGCUGGACGAGCCGGACACCAUGGCCGCCAACCUGGUGCCAUCGGUGACUCCCAGCCCACCAAAUGAGCCGGACACCGCAGCCGCUGACCUGAUGCUAUCAGUGACACCCAGCCUGCCAGAUGAGCCAGACAGCAUGGCCACAGGCCUGGUGCCAUUGGUGACACCCAGCCUGCUGGAUGAGCCGGACACCGUGGCUGCUGACCUGGUGCCAUCGGUGACGCCCAGCCCGCCAGAUGAGCCGGACACUGUGGCCGCCGACGUGGUGCCAUCGGUGACGCCCAGCCCGCCGGAUGAGCUAGACACUGUGGCCGCCAACAUGGUGCCAUCAGUGAUGCCCAGCCCGCCGGACGAGCCGGACACCGCAGCCAUAGGCCUGGUGCCAUCGGUGACACCCAGUCUGCCGGACGAGCCGGACACUGUGGCCGCUGACCUGGUGCCAUCGGUGACACCCAGUCUGCCGGACGAGCCGGACACUGUGGCCGCUGACCUGGUGCCAUCGGUGACACCCAGUCUGCCGGACGAGCCGGACACCACAUCCACUGACCCCAACCUGGUGCCGUCGGUGACACCCAGCCCGCCAGACAGCGUUACGGCACCGUCCCCCCCGCCGCGGGACGCGUCCCCCUCCGAUGCCGGCGAGGAGCUGAUGGAUGGGGUGGCCUCGGCUGGCAAGUCCCUGGAGCCACCAGCGACCGCGUGUCCCACGGUGCAGGGGACGAUGGCACGUCCCCCCGGGGAUGUCAGCGAAGCCCCCGAGGAGUGGGACGCCGCCACCGCCUCCUCUGAGGAGUCGUCCCCGGAGCUGCUGGAGACCUCGCGCUCCCGCACUGACUCCAGCUUCUUCACCGCCCCCGAGGACAGCGCGGGGGAGGCGGCCGCUGCCCCCCCAGACCCCCAUCUUCUGACGAGGAAGAGGAAGAGGAGGAUGCUGCCCGUCGCUGCCUGGCCCUCUGCCUGCCCGCCUCACCCCCCGCCAUCCCCCCGUUGAUUUUCACCGCUUCGGAGCGGGAGGUGUACGUGGGGGUCCCCCCGGCCCCCCUCGAACUGCUCCAACCACCCGGUGCCUUUUUGGAGAGUGGGGCGGCCUGGCAGCGCCAGGAGGACCGGCAGCGGGUCACCGCCAUGUUACGGGGCUCCUUCGGGGAUCUGCCGGCCCCCCGCCUCCUCCCCAGGCCCGCAGAGCCCCCCGAGGUGCCGGCAGAGCCCCCGCAGGGCCCCCCAAGUGAUGGGGGGACGGAGGAACCCCCGGCCCCCCACGAGCCCCCGACCCCUCGGCCGGACGAUGAGCCCCUGGGCCAGACUGCUGGGGAAACCGAUGCCAAAGUCCUGGGAGAGGGCAGCCCCCCGAGCCCCCCCAGCGAGCCCCCGGCACCCCUUGGGCAGCAGGAGGAAGAGGAGGCGAUGGCGGGGGCUGGAUCUGGCCCCCAGCCCGCUCCGGGUGCCAGUGAAGUGGGGGAUGCUCAGCCGGAGCCCCCCCGGAGCCCGCUGGGGAAGCAGCACCCCAAGCCCCCC